AUGAAUAGUUCCGCCGUGAUCCUGGGGCAGGCGGCUGACCCAGGAACGGGCCUUGCCGGGGAGGGUAAUACCGAAUGGCAGACGUUACAUUGCAGCAAAGAUGCGCUGACGGAUUUGUUCGGCUGGUUCCUGCAGGGCAUACUGGCCACUCUCGCCUUUACCUGCCUUAUCGCUAAACGUUUCUGCGAACCUCAGUACAAUCGACGCUCAUGGGAGACCUGGUGGUACGACACAUCCAAGCAGGGUAUCGGUGCCUUGGUGAUCCACAUGGCCAACGUUUACUUGGCCCCAUUAUUUCAAGGAGACCCCUGUACCUGGUACAUUAUCAACUUCCUGUUGGACUCCACGAUCGGGUUGUUCAUUAUUUACAUCGGCAUUAAAACCUGUCAGUAUUUGGCGCGGAAAAAGAAAUGGGAUGCCAUCAAUUUCGGUGAAUAUGGUGCCCCAAAAUCUUGGUUUUAUCAAACGUGUAUCUACGUGUGCCUGAUGGUGGUCGUUAAGCUCAUAACGACCCUAAUCAUUCAGCUCGACGUUUGGGACAACGUGAAAAACUUUGUUUUAUCUCCGUUCAAAGAUCCACGAAUAGAGCUAGCCGUCGUGAUGCUUGUUAUACCGUUCUUUGUCAAUAUUCUUAUCUUUUGGGUAACAGAUAACUUCCUGAUGAGACACACGCGCAAAAAGCGCAAUACGGCGGCCAGCAGCUCCCAUCACGCUCAUGGUCGCGAGCACAGUUUACUACAAAAAGUAAAAUACAAAAUGAUACACAAAACCAAACCAAAUGACUCAGAAUCUGAUACUCUUUUGUCAGGCGAUGAAGAAAUUUUAAGCUUCAGUCCGCCCAACGGUGGUGGCGGUGGUGGUGGUGGACAUGGUAUUGCCAGUAACCGAUCGGUAAUGGGACGCCACUAUCACCACACCCACCCGACUGCUUUCCACCAUCAUCAACAUCAUCACGCAUAUCUGCAGACGACGUCGAUCGCGGACGGAUCGUCCACAAUGCAGCCAACGGGGGGUGGCGGAGGUGGUGGAGGAACAUCCUCCCUGCUAACCCCGCUAGAUAUGGACACGGCAAUUAUACUGACCUCCACGCGGACAUCACCCGGUCCCACCAACCGGCAAAGCACAGUACAGCAGCGCACCAGUGUCAUUAACAUUUAA